CAGAGCUGACAGCACACACGGCCUGGGGGCCUAGAGAAGGGUUGCUGAUCACCCGCCACCCGGGGUCGGGACCCCGCACCAUCCCGGGGCGAGCUCCCGGGAAGGGGCUCCCCCUCUACACCCACCCCCCAACCUCUGACAUCGCCUGCCGAACGGGAGCUGCCACUUCCUUCCCGGCCCCGCUGCACCUCCCCGGGGAGCCGUGGGCGGCCGUGGACGGGACCGACGUGGAACGCAUUCUGUAGCCCAGACGGGCGGCCCCGGCGGCUUCAGGAGUGGGGACACGCCCAGCUGAAGAAGCAGUCAGGGUGGACGAAGCAGGAGCCGCGGGGCUCGGAGGAUCCCAGUUCGAGUGCAGCAGAUCCUGGGGAGGCGAGAGGUGAAUCAACCUGGACCCUUCGACAGCCUGGCUGCUAGGCCAGCAGUGCGACUCCCUUCCGAGCUGAGCUUGCCCUGGACGCAAACGAGCGAGGCAGGGGCGCGAGUGGAAGCUGGAGUUCCGGGGUGGGCGGGGAGGCGACUGUCCGUGGUGCUGAGCGCCGGCGAGAGCGGGCGCGGAGCGGCUGAUCAUCUCCCUCGAAGUGGGGAGGUUCAGUGGGGUCGCUUUGGGUCCAAAGCCCCCGCCAGGCUCCAAAAGCCCCCAGGGCCUCCCCAAGCACCGGUGCUCGGCCCUUCCUUCGGUCAGAAAGUCGCCCCCUGAGGGCAGUUCGUCCCAAAGGGUUUCCUCGAAAGAAUCUGAGAAGGCGCAGUCCUUGACCGAGGGAAUCUCUCUGUGUAGCUUCGGAAGCCGCCAGCCCCAGAAGAUGCCUGCCUUCAACAGAUUGUUUCCCCUGGCUUCUCUCGUGCUUAUCUACUGGGCCAGUGUCUGCUUCCCCGUGUGUGUGGAAGUGCCCUCGGAGACGGAGGCCGUGCAGGGCAACCCCAUGAAGCUGCGCUGCAUCUCCUGCAUGAAGAGAGAGGAGGUGGAGGCCACCACGGUGGUGGAAUGGUUCUACAGGCCCGAGGGCGGUAAAGAUUUCCUUAUCUACGAGUAUCGGAAUGGCCACCAGGAGGUGGAGAGCCCCUUUCAGGGGCGCCUGCAGUGGAAUGGCAGCAAAGACCUGCAGGACGUGUCCAUCACUGUGCUCAACGUCACUCUGAACGACUCUGGCCUCUACACUUGCAACGUGUCCCGGGAGUUUGAGUUUGAGGCGCAUCGGCCCUUUGUGAAGACGACGCGGCUGAUCCCCCUAAGAGUCACCGAGGAGGCCGGAGAGGACUUCACCUCUGUGGUCUCAGAAAUCAUGAUGUACAUCCUUCUGGUCUUCCUCACUUUGUGGCUGCUCAUUGAGAUGAUAUAUUGCUACAGAAAGGUCUCAAAAGCCGAAGAGGCAGCCCAAGAAAACGCGUCUGACUACCUUGCCAUCCCAUCUGAGAACAAGGAGAACUCUGCAGUACCAGUGGAGGAAUAGAACAGGAGCAGUGUGACAUGAGGUGGCCUGAACACCUGAGGGACUGGACAUCCCAUGUUCAGCAAUGUCAAUGGCUUCAGGAGGGCGCCCCAAGGGCCCCAUUGCAUCCCUUCAUGCAUCCAUCCUUCUAUUCAUUCAUCCAUACAUCCACCUGCCUCUGAGCUUUCAUCUCUGACUUCCUAACUCCAUCAGAACUCUACGUACCGUAAGACUCUGCCAGAACCGAGAAGCCAACAUUUCUACAUAGACUCAACCUCACCCUGUCCUAGUUUUCCAGCAAGACACUCCAAAGCCAACUGGAUUUCUCCCCUGUGCUCCAAAUGACUUUGUAAAAGUGCUGGAGUUAGCACCUCCCUCUGCCCUUAACUGGCUGGAACUGGUUCAUUCUCCAUUACUGCAAGAGAAUGGAUGUCUUAAUAGAAGGAAGCAGGAGUGAUUAGUUCGGGUUACAGCAAAAGUGUGUCAUGAACUUGGAUUCCUUGAAGUCAGUUUUGUCAAGUUCAUGGCCCACUUUGCUACAGCAUCAGAGUGAAGCAUGCCUGUCUAGGUUCUCCAGUGACAGAAAGAUCCUGAAGCAUGGACUAACGUGCUCUCUGGAGCUUAGUACUCCUGAGCUAGAUCCUGAUGGGUCGCUAAGGUUCCCUUCAAGAAGACAAGGCCAGGAGACUUAGGAAGGACCAAUGGUAAUUUAAGUGGCUCUUAAAAAGUCAUGCAACAUGUUUCUGAACACGUUCUUGAUCCUAUUGCGAGAAUGUAUGUGUGCCCUCCCUGUGAGCACACUACCUGGGCAUUAGGACUGAAAUUCCUGAGUUCUUCCUCUCAAAAUUUCUGUGCCACCAGUAUUAUUCCUCAUUUUACAAACAGGAGGCAACUAAGACUCAUACAGGGCUAACUGAAUAAGAGGCUUAAGAGGGUAAAAUGGAGCAGAAAUAAGCCUUAGGUGCUGCCCAGUUUACACUUCCUGGGAUGGAUUUUUUUGUUUGUUUUGUUUUUUGUUUUUUUGUUUGAGAUGGAGCCUCUGUCACCUAGGCUAGAGUGCAGUGGUGUGAUCUCGGCUCACUGCAACCUCUGCGUCUCGGGUUCAAGCGAUUUUCAUGCCUCGGCCUCUCCAGUAGCUGCAAUUACAGGCAUGCACCACCACACCUGGCUAAAUUUUGUAUUUUUAGUACAGACGGGGUUUCACUAUGUUGGCCAGGCUAGUCUCGAACUCCUGACCUCAAAUGACCCACCCACCUCAGCCUCCCAAAGUACUGGGAUUACAGGCGUGAGGCACUGUGCCCAGUGGAUAACUUUGUUUCUGGACAGACUGACAUUGGACUCGUCUAUGGCAGUGCUUCUUUCACAAGCACACACUGGGCUGAGGUCAACUCUGAUAGAGUCAGAUUACUAGAAAGUGGCCAAAAAAGCAGAGAGAAGAACAUGAGGUAGACUUAAAGAACUUCCUUUAUGUAAAGAUUUGUGAAUGUGAAAUACCCUCCAGAAAGAGAGUGCAUCUGAGUGAUAUUUAAACUAAGAAAAAUGUUUAGUCUGAGAUGAAGCAUGAGCAAAUAAGUGGUGUGAGAGGGGAGGGAUGGGUAGGUGGCUUCCAAAUACUUCACUUAUGAAUGCAUAAUGUUAAGAUUUUUUCCCCUAGAUUUUGAGGGAGUAGAGAAACUGGAAAAAAUUUUAGUCGAUAUCUCAUGUUUCAUUUUAAUUGAGUGACAGGUCCGAGUGUGACAUCCUUCAGCACCUAGGGACAAGAGAGGGCAAAGAUGCUUUACAGAAUGUAAGAAGAUGAAGGUGACUGGGAUUCAGUGAGAGAGAGGUCCCUCAGAUCUGGGACCUCCCUUUAUAGGGCAAGACCAUAUUCCAUUGGUUUAGAGCUUUACUUUAAAAGCUCAUUUUUUUUCAUUCUUCCAUCCCUAGGAAAGUACUUAAAACCAGACCUUUUUUUUUUUUUUUUUUAGAGACAGAGUCUCACUCUGUCUUCCAGGCUAGAGUGCAGUGGCGCGAUCUCAGAUCACUGCAGCCUCAACUGCCCCAGGUUUAAGCAAUCCUCCCACCUCAGCCCCCAGGUAACUGGGACUACAGGCAUGCACCACUAUGCCUGGUUAAUUUUUGUAUUUUUUGUAGAGACUGGGGUCUUGCUAUGUUGCCCAGGCUAAUCUUGAACUCCUGGGCUCAAGCAAUCCGCCAGCCUUAGCCUCUCAAAGCACUGGGAUUACAGGCAUGAGCAACCGUGCCCGGUCCCAAACUAGACCGUUAACACAUUAAAGAGUCUGAUCUUGUUGAAGAAAAUAUUUGCAAUAAAUUCAAGACUCUUCUUAUUGGUAAUUUUCCACACAAUCCCUCUGAAAUAAGGGAGAUAAUAUAGAUCUUUUUAACUUUAUAGUUAGGAAAAUUGGCCUUAGUGUGAAAGUUUUCCAGUCCAUAGCUCGUGGAUACCACAGCUUGCCGUAGUAGCAAGAUGCUUACUACCACUCCGUUUACCUCGGUGGUCCAAUAGCUCUUAUAUCUAAGUUGAACCAGGCAGUAUGCAUGAUUGCCUUUUUCUCUUCUUUUUUAAAAAACCCAACUC